AGAGAAAAAAACUCGCAUGCAUCGGAAUGAUAUAAACGACAAUGUGCUCGCUGAACCUUGGUACGGCGUGGAGCAGCUGGAGUUGAUUAGGACUUUUUCUGGCAAUAAAAAGACUGACAUUAAAGUGGAAGUAGAAGUGUUUUAGAAACUCUUCGUCUCGCCGGGACAGCUCUCACUUACUGACUGAUGGAAAGAGAGAGGAGGAAAAGGGGGAAAUCUUUUCGCUCAAGCAGAAGCGCCAUGGACUGGCGGAGCAACAUUUAACGCUUCUUUUUUUUUUCCUCCCCUUCUUCUUGACGUUUUGGGCGCAAUGACGGACUAAACAAAGUAUUCCGAGUGCUUUGCGUGUAGCAUGAGACUGAGUGCGACAUGUCUAACGCGAGGCCGAGUAAGAGUGUGGAAUGGCUGCAGCUGAAGUUGGAGACCGGAGGCACUUCUCUGCUCCUGCUGGACUGCCGCUCACACGAGCUGUAUGAAUCAUCCCACAUAGAGACCGCCAUAAACCUGGCCAUGACGGGGCUCAUGCUGCGGAGGUUCAAGAAGGGCAACAUCCCGAUCCAGACCGUCAUCCCCAAACACGAGGACAAGGAGAAGUUCGUAAGGCGGUGCAAGACGGACACGGUGGUCCUGUACGACGAGAGUUCCGCGGACUGGCAGGACAGCGGCUCCCCGGCCACUGUGUUGUUCCUGCUUCUUAACAAACUGCGGGAAGACGGCUGUAAAGCGUACUUUCUUGAAGGUGGUUUUGUGAAGUUCCACACAGAGUAUCCAGAACACUGCGAGACCCUCCUGGACAGCUCCUGUCCGAGCUCCUCUCCCCCGAUGCCCGUCCUAGGUUUCGGAGGUCUCCGGAUCAGCUCGGACUGUUCAGACGGCGAAUCUGAUCGAGAACCCAGCAGCGCGACGGAAUCAGAGGAGAGUCCCGUCCCCAGCAAUCAGCCAGACUUUCCCGUCCAAAUCCUACCUUACCUCUACCUGGGCUGUGCCAAAGACUCCAGCAACCUAGAUGUGCUGGGCCAGUACAACAUUACGUACAUCCUGAACGUCACACCUAAUCUGCCCAACGUGUUUGAGCACAAGAGCCACUUCAGAUACAAGAAGAUCCCUAUUUCGGAUCACUGGAGUCAAAACUUGUCCCAGUUCUUUCCAGAAGCUAUAUCAUUUAUUGAUGAGGCUCGAUCUAAGCGCUGUGGCAUCCUUGUCCACUGCCUGGCCGGCAUCAGUCGCUCAGUCACAGUCACCGUGGCCUACCUGAUGCAGCGGCUCAACCUGUCUCUAAAUGACGCCUAUGACUUUGUGAAGAGGAAGAAGUCCAACAUCUCACCAAACUUCAACUUCAUGGGACAGCUCUUAGACUUUGAGAGGACGCUGGGGCAGCACACACCCUGCGACAACCGCUCUACCAGCGAAGAGCAGCUUUUCUUCACCACACCAACCAAUCACAAUGUGUUUCAGCUGGAGUCGACAUGAGGAGCAGGAACAGUUUUUUAUGCUGUUGUUGUUGUUUCCUGUGGUGGUUUUCUGAGCUUGUCAGACGCCUGACUUGCUGACGCAAGCGGUAAGUCAGCAAUACUGUUCAACAACUUCACAACAAGCUUCAUUGAUCUGUUAAAGCCACAGAAUCCAUAAGCUCCUGUCUCAAUGCCUUAAUAUCUUAACAAAGAAGCAAUCUAACGUUCCACCACAUUUGUAUUAAUGAAUGGCCAUGUACAGUCAUUAUAGAUGGACUUUUCAUAAUAUUUCUUUUUAAGACUUUAAAUGUUUUUGGACUGUUGUUUGUUGUACUUUCCUAGUUUGUUUAUGAAUAGGCAUGGGCUGGUAUGAGAUUUUCACAGUGUGAUUACUUUGAGUAAAAAUACAACGGUUUCACAGCAUUAUUGUAAAAUUUUAAUCAGAAAUGCUUAACAUGAGGUAAUUCUUUUUAUAUAACAGAGAAAAGCAUAAAUCUAUUCCUACUGUAGCUGAAAUAUUACAUAUAAUAAAAAUAUUAUACAUUAUGCACAAUGUAUAAUAUUAAAAUCCACAAAUAAUGAAGAAAUUGAAUAAAAGUUCAUUAAGAUUUUUAUAUUAAAUGUUACCAUAAGCAGCUACAGUGUCAAAAUUAUGACAAAAUAUCCAUAUUAUGUGUGUUUUAUUAUUGGUAUGUUCCACAAGUGGUAAAACAACAUAAUGUUUAGGUUGGCUUCCAGUUCAAGAGUGUAGUAAAGGGUUUUCUGUCAAUUAACUUUAUGUUAUCAUCUGAAAGCCAUUGAAAUGUCUGGGUUCAACUGUUUUACAUUAACAACCGUUGCUAUCAGGUUGUUUUUAAAUUUACAAAAAGCUAGAAGUUCCAGUUUGGUGUUUAAACCAGACGUGGUUUAAGCAGGACAAGUCCACUUUAAUCCAAAUUCAAUUUAAAACCUUAUUUUUAACAGCCAAAAGGUCCUAUCCAGUUAAGAAAUUUCCCUUUUAAAUUAAUGUGUAUUUAUAUUUAUUAGUAAUUCAAAAACCAUAGUGAUCAAGUCUCACAAAAAUUGAAGUUGUGAUGUGGCCAAACAAAGAUUGAUGCUUUUUAACUUUAAAUAAAUAAAGUUGUAUAUUUUUUAGAAAUUAAGAUGUUAACUAUAAGGUAAUACAAAGCAGUCUGGGAACUCAAAAUGUUUUCAUAGUUAGUUCAAGACUAUAUAGAAACCCAGUUACAAGAACUUGUGCAAAAUAAUUUUCUUCUUGCUGUAACAAUUUAAUUUAAAGACGCUACUCUUAGACUGUUGGUUAGUAUGGCUAACUGUGCUGUUGGAACCAGCGAUCAGCUCCUAACAGAUAUGCAGCCGUGUUAAUAAGAGUUUACAGAACCCUUCUUUAACUCUCAAAUAUUUUUGAACAGUUUUCUUCUGUUGUAAGUGAAGGAAAAGUUGGGAACCUUCUUCCAGCCAUCUAACCCACCAGUGUGCAGCAACAGGUUGGGAAGGGGGCAGCACUACCCUCUGCUUUGAAUAAUCAGAACUGGCUUCUAAUUAACUAACGACAGAAUGGUGUGAAAUUUAAGGGGGCUUUGAGCUGUAAUUGUCAAAAAGCAUGGUAUAGUUUGAUACCGGCCCAUGUCUACUUGUGAAUAAUGCCUUGAUAAAAAAUUUGUGGCCAAUCUGAAUGUUUUCUGGGGUCCAAUAUAAGAUGUGUUGUUAUUUUAGCUGAGGGGAAAAAAGCUACCAUAUGGAGGCAGCUACAGUUUUCCUGCUGCUUGAGUUUUCACAGAAGACUUUUCUAGCAUCUGGCAAACAAUAUAUUAAACCUGAACUGUUAGUUACCAUGUUGAGAUAUAAUGAAAGACUGGCUUUCCCCACAGUUAAAAAGGAGCAGCUAUGUAAGUAAGAAGGGUACAAACAACUGGAAACCCACCUUAUUUUGUGUUUUCCUCUGACACUUUCAGCCUGCAGCUACUUCUUCUCAUAGGAGUUCCCGUGUGUAAAUAGCUUUCAUUGCCCUCUCUGUUUCUCUCUCUCCCUCUUUUCGUCAUAUCUUGUAUUUGAACAGGUGAAUGAAUUUAAUGCGUGAAAGGAAAUGAGAGGAAGCGAGAUUGACCGGAGCGUUCUUACCUCAACAAAGAGACAUUUUUCAGGGAUUUUUAUACAAGUGGGUUGCGCGUCAUCUUGGCCUCUUAAAACGCACCCAAGGGCUGUUUUGUUUCAUAUGUUUGUAACGAUGUACAUAAACCGUGGUUGCUACGGGAGACAUUUUCUGUAAAUCAUGAAGGAUGUGGAAGUGACCCUUGUUGGAACUCUUAUGUAUAGCAUAUAUUGAGCUAAAAGGCAUUCUGUACACGUUUUUACAGCAAAUAUAUUGUAUAUUUUUACUUGAAAA